CGCCGCGAUGUGAUUGUGUACUCUCUACUUCCCUCUUUGCCGCUGCUGCUGGUGGGGAAGCUAGUUGCGUACGGCCGCCCCUACUUCUCCUCCGCUGCUUCUAGAUGCGUAUAGUUCGGAGCGAAAACCGCAGGGCGGCGCUAGCUUACGACUGCAUAUCGCACGGCACGCUUUCGCCCAUGCUCAUCGGCGAUCUCUCCUCUAAUCUCUGGUGGGGGAAGGACAGUCAGUCCACCUCUUUAUCUUACACCGUGCCUUAAAGUGACACUCCGUUAUGUCAUAAUUUCAAAUCCUUAUUUAUAAAAACAAAAAACAGUAUUACAUUAGACUUAUAUAUUUCUAACCGUUCUCUAACUGUCUAAAUGUACUCCAACUGUAAUUUGAAGAAAGAUUUUAUAAUACAUUGAAUAUUUACAAGUUAUGUGUACACAGAAAAAAUAAGAUAUUCCAUUAUAGAACUUACAUAUUUUUAAUGUUUAUAAGUGUUAUUUAGCUAGUAAUAAAAAAAAAGAUAAACAAUUAAAUAAUAUUUGAUUGUAAUAAUAAAUAAUUUCAUAUAAUUUAUAGCAUAAUUAAAUAUGUAUGAUAAUAUGAAUAAUGAUCAAGUAUUGUUUGCUACUGGAGCAUAUGAUCAUACUAUAAAGAUUUGGCAAGCUCACACUGGAGUUUGUCAACGUACUCUACAGCAUACAGAUUCACAAGUCAAUGCUUUAGCAGUAACUCCAAAUAAACAUGUGAUUGCUGCAGCUGGCUAUCAACAUAUUAGAAUGUAUGAUUUAAAUUCUAGUAAUUUAAAUCCUAUUAUAAACUAUGAAGGAGUUUCAAGAAAUGUUAGUGGACUUGGUUUUCAGGAAGAUGGAAAAUGGAUGUUUACUGGCGGUGAAGAUUGUUCAGCACGAAUUUGGGACUUACGAUCCAACAGUUUUCAAUGUCAACGCAUAUUUCAAGUUUCAGCACCAGUAAAUUCCGUUUUUCUGCAUCCUAAUCAAGCAGAAUUGAUAGUUGGUGAUCAAAGUGGAGUAAUACACUUAUGGGAUCUCCGAUCUGACCACAAUGAACAGUUGAUUCCUGAACCAGAAGCAUCAAUACAAGAUAUUGCUAUAAAUAGUGACGGAACACAUAUGGCUGCUGUUAAUAACAAAGGUCAUUGCUUUAUUUGGUCACUUAAUGGUGGUAUUGGAGAUGAACCAACUAAACUAAGUCCUCGCCAUAAACUUAAUGCACACAAAGGAUAUACAUUAAAAUGCAAAUUUAGUCCAGACUCCACGCUUCUUGUAACAACUUCUUCUGAUGAAACUGCGAAGAUAUGGAAAACAGCAGACUUUUCUGAGGUUCAAACAUUAUGUCAUGAUGUAAAAAGAUGGGUGUGGGACGUCGCAUUUACUGCAGAUUCACAGUUUAUAUUUACAGGUUCAUCAGAUGGUGUUGCAAGGCUGUGGAAUAUCGGAACUGGUACGAUUAAAAGAGAAUAUCAAGGUCAUCAAAAGGUUAUAUCUGCUCUUGCAUUCAAAGAUGGAAAUAUAUCUUUCUAGAAUAUGAUGGUAUUUCUUCUUCAUUUAUGUACCUUUCACAAAUAAAAUUUGUCUUAUAUAAAAAUAA